AUGGCGAAGGCGCCAUAUAUUCCACCCCAGAUUGGGUGGUUGUAUGAUCUAGUGCUCUGGACAUUUUCGGUGCUGGUAGACCUCUUUUUCCGGGAGGUGCACCCGCGCGGCUCAUGGAAAGUACCAAGAAGAGGGCCUUUGAUCAUCGUUGCCGCACCACAUGCCAAUCAGUUCGUCGACUCACUCAUUCUCAUGCGCGUCGUUCGAAGAGAAGUCGGUCGUCGCAUCUCCUGGCUUAUCGCAGAAAAAUCAUUCAAGCGCAAGUUUAUCGGUCUCCUAUCACGAGGGAUAGGAGCGGUUCCCGUAGCACGAGCCAUGGACAAUUUGAAACCCGGAGCUGGAACGAUUUAUCUACCAGAUCCAGUCAAUCAGCCGACUCUAUUGCGCGGUAACGGAACGAAAUUUGAUGGCCCCGGAUUUGAGCCAGAAGGAACCAUACAUCUACCCACAAUCAAUGGCAAUUCAUAUAGUGCAACCAUUGCCGAGAUCAAAGGACCCGAGGAGAUUGUUCUAAAGAAGCCAGUCAAGGAGAAGGACGCCCUAUUCCAAUUGACGGGUAGAAAUGAUAUCACUGAUGAUGGGAAAUUCAACGGAGAAGGCUCUGGUGACAAGUCCGACUUUCAAGGCACUAAAUUCAAGUUCGCGCCGCACGUGGAUCAGAGUGCAGUGUAUAAGGCAGUUUUUGGCAGACUAAGCCAUGGUGGCUGCAUUGGUAUCUUCCCAGAGGGUGGUAGCCACGACCGUCCGGAGCUGCUACCGUUGAAAGCUGGUGUUGCAAUUAUGGCACUUGGUUCUCUCGCUGAAAACCCUGAUUCUGGCUUGAAAAUUGUGCCAUGUGGAAUGAACUACUUUCAUGCGCACAAGUUUCGGUCACGAGCUGUGGUGGAAUUCGGCAGCCCGAUAGAAGUUCCUCGUGAGUUAGUCGAAAAAUAUAAGCGAGGCGAGAGACGCGAAGCUGUUGGUGAACUUCUCGAUACCAUUUACCAUGCGCUCUUGGCUGUAACUGUGAACGGACCGGAUUACGAGACAUUGAUGGCUGUUCAAGCUGCCCGUCGUUUGUACAAUACAAAGGGAAAGAAGCUUCCUUUGCCAAUGGUCAUAGAGUUGAACCGUCGCCUAAUUACAGGUUACGCACACUUCAAGGAUGAUCCUCGUAUCGUAAAGCUGAAGAAUUCCAUCACGAGUUAUAACAAACAGCUUCGCUUUUUAGGCCUUCGCGACCAUCAGGUCGAAUACGCUAAAUUCUCAAUUCUCAAAGUAGUCUUCACCUUGGUUUAUAGGCUAAUAAAACUCACGCUGCUAGCCAUCGGCACUUUACCGGGUCUCGUCCUAUUUGCGCCUGUCUUCAUUGCAACAAAGUCUAUAUCGAAGAAGAAAUCGCAAGAAGCCUUGGCUGCAUCGACAGUCAAGCUGCAAGGGCGGGAUGUCAUGGCAACGUGGAAACUCUUAGUUGCUUUAGCCUUUGCACCCGCUGUGUACGCAUUUUACACUGCAGUCUUCACAUACUGGACUUAUCGCAAUCGUAUUCAAGGCUAUGUGCCGGAAUGGGUUCCAUUGUGGGCAAUGAUUCUCCUGGGCGUUGUGCUGUUUCCUACCAUCACAUUUGCCGCCCUUCGUAUUGGAGAGAUUGGCAUGGACAUCAUCAAAUCUCUUCGACCGCUCAUGCUGUCGCUCAAUCCCUCAUCGGCCAACACACUCGUGAAACUCAGAGAACGUCGAGCCGAGCUAUCUCACGAGGUGACUGAAGUUAUCAACACGCUUGGUCCGGAACUUUUCCCAGACUUUGAUUCGGCUCGCAUCGUCGCCGACCCCUUCAAGGAAUCUGGGCAUGUUGAAGGCGAGAAGAGCGCGGAAGGUUACGGCGAAACUCGCUCACGACCUGGGAUUCAGAAGAGUUAUAGGACACAGGAACCACUACCCCGGAACGAGUCAUUCCACGACUUGGCCAGCAUCGGAUUCUUUUCCACACGGCCGGCGAGUCGCAGUCGAAGUCGCAGCACAGCUGGCGGUCUUCGUCUUAGUUCUAGUGGCUCAGUCCAGCCUUUAAGUGAGAUAGAUGGACAUGAUCGACUCGAGGAAGUGAGCAAGCGCAUUCGGGGUGCGAUGAGGGAACGUGGUAAGGAACGUCGGCAACGUAGUGAAGACCUUGGUUGGGAGUCAGUCAGCGCAGGAUCCAUCACACCACCUGAUGACGGAGAAAAGAAAACUCGAUGA